AUGGAGUGGCGGAAAGACGCAAAGCCGCUGGCAACCCCGGCAAUCAGUUUCCGCUCGAAAACAUCAUCCUCUCCCACCUGGAGGCGUCGUGGAUCAGAUGAAUCCACACUCUCAUCUUCCUCUCUCUCUUCAAACUUCUCAUCACUCUCUCUUUCUUCUCGCUCCUCAAACUCCUCCCUCUCUUCUUACCUUUCCUCUCCUCCUUCCUCUCCUUCUUCCUCGCCAUGGGAUCACAUUGGCAACAUUCGUCACGGGGUGGUAGCGCCGAAAGCACCACGCCCAACAAACCCAAAGUUCGAGGACAUCAAAGUCGGCAAGGUGUACUACAUGUCCAAGAAUGUGCCGACAACCAGCAGGCUCUACAAGUCGCUGGCGGCAGGCAACCAAGGAGCGGGAAACUUGGGCGCCCUUGGCCACAUGGUGGUUGUCACCGCCAAAUGGGCCGUUUACGACGAGGAGGUUGUGAGGUUUAGGAUUUGCACCUCCAAUGACAAGUCCCUCUCGAGGGACCACGACCUGAUCUAUCCCAGAGAGGAGAUCAGCCAAGAUCAGUCCUUGCUCCAUGUAGCAAAGGACUCCAGGGAUUUCGGCAAGAAGACCUGGUUGCAAAAGACUGCUUACGUCUGCAACCCAGGAGAUCUUGACUUCGCCAACUGGGAGAUUCAACUGGCAGCAAGCUGCCACAAGACUCUAAUUUUGGGCCAGCAACCGGCAAGCAACAGGCAUUAGGAUAGUGGUUUCCGAACAACCCUUCCACUCAAUAUCCACCAGCUUCGCCGAAAGAGCAAACCCCACCAUCAGAUGGACCCUACUUAGGCCUUGCCAAAAUCCCUUCGAGUCAAC